AUGGAAUCACUGUUGAAAACGGAUCCAUCACUGUAUGAGGGUGCAUUUCCAUCAUUCCAUAAACCAUCGGUGAUUGGAGAAAUGUGUCUUACCAAGCAGCAUGAUGUAUUGCCGGGUAGAUGUCGGGCAAAAUAUCUUUACGAGAAAGCUAUUGGGCAGCGAUGUAAUUUUGACUUAAAUAUUGGUUAUUAUCAGUUUGAAGGCAAAGACAUUUUACACAACGAAAAACUGGACGUAUUGUUGAAAUGGAUACUUAUACACAGCGAACCUGGAUCUUCUCUGGAUAAGGUUUGCCAUAGCGCUGAUUUUAUUUGUUGGCGUGGCACUCUGACACGGAUCGCAUGCUCACCGUAUGAAUAUCGAGAUGGUUGGCGGUUAGCUGCUGUUCGGUAUAAAUCUGUAAUUUUCAUAUGUGAGUUCCCGACCAAUGAAAAAAUCCUUCAGUUGAAAUCAAUGUCUGAUCGCGACAAACGAAUGACAUAUUGGGGCUUUAAGUUUGAACAAUAUAUGACAAGUGACUCUUUAUCGAAGGAACCAAAUAUAAAUGAACCAGUGACGAAUUUAGAGGAAUUUGAUGUUGUCGUUAAGGCACGCUUGGGUGGACGAAAGGAAGGAUUCCGUAUUCUGUAUUCUGGCGAGACUGACUGCAUUGAUGCCGACGGCGAAUACGUGGAAUUGAAGACGCAGUGUAAAGAACUAACAAAUAACUUUUGGAAACACAAAGCGAUGAAAUGGUGGGUGCAAUCCUUUCUGAUUGGAAUAGAAAAUAUAGUUGUCGGCUAUAGAGAUAACGAUGGUAUGGUAACACACACUGAAAGGCUCAAGGUAUCACAACUCACAAAAAAAGCUCAUCAGUGGUCCGCGAGUGUUACCUUCAACUUCCUUUAUGCAACGUUGAGUCGUUUGAAAAAAAUGCUGGAAGUUUCUCCAGACCUUAUCUACUAUGUUUUAGAAUUUGAUCCUUCCAAACGAUGCAUAACAUAUCAGAAAUCCCCACCAGCCAGUGCAUUCAGUUUCCUUCCGGACUGGUUUCUAGUGCAUUUUGAUAAGUCCUGA